GGGCAGGCGCCCGGACGGACUCCCCGAGGGCAGGCUGGGCUGGGUUGGGUUGGGUGCGCGGAGCGAGGGCAAUGCUCGAGCUGGAGACGCCCCUAGCGGGGAAUCAGUCGGUGGGUCGAAGCCGCUGGUUCUUGGGUUUCUCGGCUCUCCACGUCGCGGUCCCCUUCGGCUCGCUCAGGGUGCUCAUCUCUCAGCAGAACGAUCCCAAGUACCUUUCGUUCUGGCCGCGCCAGCGCCCGGCGGAUUAUGUAAGGGCAGCCGGCCCCGCCUCGCCGCGCCCCGCCUCUGCCGGCCUCCUAGGGGCGGAGGACGGAGGAGAAGGAGGAGGCGGAGAGAAGCGGCUGCCACCGCCACCACCGCCACUACCACCAACUUCAGAUAGAGCUGCGGAACCUGGCUCCAGGAAACUGGGCCCCCACAGCCCCUGGAACCCCAGUCACCCGAAGAGAGAAGGCCAUGGCAGCCUGUGCCCCGUUCCUGACCCCCACCCCUAUCCGGGCUGCUACGCCGCAGUUGCCUCGCCCGAUCCGACGGUGAGCAGCCAAGCAGCCGUUAUCCGCCCCUGCUGCUGCUGCCGUCGCCGCCACCGCGGCUCCGGCUUCUGCUCCUACUCCUUUUUCGUACAAGUUACCGCCGCCUAGAAGAGCAAUCACAGAAGGACCCAGAGAGGCGCCGAGGACUCGCCGUCCCGGGCCCACCGGCCAUGUGGGGGCGAUUCCUAUCCUUGGAGCCCGGCGGCCCUACCGGAGUCCGCAGCUACCCCUCCGGCCAAGAUUACUCCUCUUCAGCAUGGUUAUCUGGUACUGAGUCUUUAUGGCAGGCCACAACUGUUCCAUCAAACGCUCGGAGUAGCCACACUCGAAGACAUAGCAUAGCUUCUGAUAGUGGAGAUACUGGCAUUGGAACCUCCUGUUCUGACAGUGUGGAAGAUCAUUCUACUUCAAGUGGUAUAACAUCAUUCAAGUCCAGCCGCUCACUAAUAACUAUUCCCACUGCACAUGUGAUGCCGUCUCAUUCCAGUUCUUCAAUUUCCAAACACAGGGAAGCACUGACGUCGGAUGGGCCAAAAUGGAGUACAAGUUUCAUACGAACAAUGGGAACUCGAAAUCGAGGAGACCUGGAGUCUUCACUUGACAUGAAGGACAUAAGACCUAUACGAAAAUGGUCAUCUUUGUCUAAACUCAGUGGCCCAGAUAACUGUGGUCAGAAUGGCACUGUUCGAUCUGAGGAAUCCAGGAUGGGUUUAGAUAAAUUAGAGAGAGAGAGAGCUUUAGCACAGCUAAGGGGAAAUGGUCCCAGCUGCUUACAUGAUAGCAUGGAGAUGCUUCAACCAGAGGACAAGGAAAUGAAUAAAAUGCGAUCUUCAACUCUGGACUGUAAAUACAAAUUUGAGAGCUGUAACAAAGAGGACUUGGGAAUCUCUCCUGCUCAUAGGAGACAUGCCUUAGACAAGACAUACAGUGCCUUACCUGAAAGCAAGUCCUCUGUGUCUACUUCAGAGCCUUAUGAACAAAAAUAUCUAAUGCUGGGCCAGCAGGCUAUGGGAGGAAUUCCUAUUCAGCCCUCUAUUAGGACUCAGAUGUGGCUAACAGAUCAAUUACAUGCAAAUCCUCCAGACUGUAGGCCUAUUGACGAUGCCUUCACUUUAGCUCCCUGGCAACAGCAACAGCUCGAAGAUUUAAGAAAUGGGAGUGAGCCAGCCUCACAGAUUUUGGCUGGAGCUCAUCAAAAUUAUUCAUCUCCUGGCUACCAUGAUUUCAACAGAUGGGAAUCUUUAUUGAAAAUCAAAGAAGGAUUGCUAAGGCAGAAGGAAAUUGUAAUUGACAGGCAAAAACAACAAAUUUCCAAUCUACAUCAGAGAAUCAGGGAUAAUGAAUUGCGAGCGCAACAUGCCAUAUUGGGUCAUUAUGUAAAUUGCGAAGAUUCUUAUGUGGCAGGUUUACAGCAACCACAAUAUGAAAACGUUUCACAUCAGACUCAAUUUCCUGACCGAUCAAUAGCCAACCCUGAACAUGAGGAACUUGAAAAAAAGCUUGCAUCUGCUGAAAAAGAGCUUCUGCAACUCAAUGAGUUUCUCAAGCAAAGUGCAAGUAAAUCUAAUGAAGAGAAGAAGAAAUUGGAAGAGAAGCUUAAAACCAGAGAUAGAUAUAUUAGUAGCCUGAAGAAGAAAUGUCAGAAGGAGUUUGAACAAAACAAAGAGAAACAAAGACGGAUUGAGACCUUGGAAAAGUACUUGGCUGACCUGCCAACUCUGGAUGAUGUACAGAACCAGGGCCAGCAGCUGCAGAUUCUAGAGGAAAAAAACAAGAACUUGGAAGAGACUAUAAAAGACUUGGAGAAAAAAAUUGGAGAGAUCAGAACUCAGUAUGAAGAGAAAGAAGUGCAACUCACCUGUCAGCGGAAGAAAGAGAAAGAAUUGGUUACCACUGUUCAAAGUUUACAACAGAAAGUUGAAAGAUGUCUUGAAGAUGGUAUCCGGCUCCCCAUACUAGAUGCAAAACAACUCCAGGAUGAAAAUGAGCAACUCAAAGAACAAAACGAGAAGGCCAGUAAGGUAAUAGCCAGCCAGCAAAAUAAGAUUGACAGUAUGUUGUUAGAAAUUCAGUCUGCUCAACAGAAACUUUGUCAAGAGAAACUGACAACUGAGAAAAUGGAGGGAAAGCUAGCAGAAAGUGAAAAGACUAUAUUGAAGUUAUCAGAAACUUUACUUGAUAACCAAAGACAAAUUGAAGAAUAUUCUCCUUUAUUAGAAGAAAAACAAGAAAAACAAGAAAAACGGUACCAACCAUCUGAAUUUUCGCUAUUGAAUUCACGCAUGUUUGACCAGUUGUUCAAGGAAAUGUCCCAUUGUUUGUUUGACCUGAAAGCAUUGUGCAGUAUUCUUACUCAGAGAGCUCAGGGCAAGGAGCCUAAUCUUUCAUUAUUGCUGGGAAUCAGAUCCCUGAGCUCUUCAGCUGAAGAGAGUGAAAAGGAGUACAGUCCGGAAUUACUAACCGAAAAACUAUCAGAUAUGUGCCAGUUACGGAAGGAGAUCGAUGAAUUAAGGACUUUGAUAUCAGAUAGCUAUGCUCAGGACAUGGGAGACAACUGCAUUACUCAAUGAUAAAGUGAUUAGUCCCACAGCAAUAAUGAUUCAUUGCUUAAUGCUGCUGUGUUAACUAUUCUUCAUCUUUCUAUUCAGGAGUCAUAUUGGAAGAUUGAAUUUCUUUUUGGCCUGCAUAUGGAUUUAUCUGGUAUUCUUAGAUUUUUGAGUAGGGAAGGAUGGGGCUGGGAAUAAUUAUCAGUUGAACUCAUUGAAUCAAGCCUCUCCCCACCCAACUCCCCCACCCAAAAAAAAAAAAAACCCUUUAAAAAAGAUCACAUGAAUCAAAUCACCAUUUGAAAAGUAUGGUAAAGUCUACAAGAAAAAUAUCUCUAUUCAAACUACUGAUUAUUGGACCAAGCUGUGAAGAGUGCUAUUCAGAUAAAGAAGCAGGGUGUUUUUUUUUUCUUUAAGCCCCUUAGCAUUUUAAUGUUUAUAAAGGUUUUAGGAGUUAGAACAAAUGUUCCAAGGAAGGUAAUGAUUGUGUGUGCAUUUGUUGUUCCUUCCAGUUAAGUUUGUAUUGCACAUUUAGGAUGCUUGAGGACUGAACAAAGCAAGAUUUACAACAUCUGAAAGGGGUAGAGGGGGUAUGGAAGAUGCUUAUACAGUUAGAACAAUCAUGCUGUUAAAAGAUGCCAUUUUAGGAAUUAGAAUUUAAUAGUGGUAUCUAGACAAAUGAACUACUUUUUAGUAUGCUUUCAAGCUACCUAGUAAAGAUGGAAAAGUUUGAUAUGAUAAAAACAUUUCUUUUUCACCAUCAUGAGUGAGUUUGCUAGCAUUUUGUAUCCUUUUCCAGCAAAGGGAAUAUUUAACUUUAGUUUGUGCUGGUAUUGUUCAUUUUUUCUUUGGGAAGGCCGGGAUGGGGGUAAUAUGUUAUGUAUCUGAAAAGAACAUUGUGAACAUAAAGCUUUUUUUAUAGUUAAGAAUCCAUAAAAGCUACAGGUGAGCACCACAAAGGGAAAUGAAGAACACUAGCAUUGAUUCUAAUUCUUAAAAAUCUAAAGUUUUCAUGUCUGCCUCAGUAGAGUGAGCUGCAAUCUUCAUUCAGUAUUUGUUCUGUUACACAAAGAAGAUACAAUCCAUACUGAGUUGUUUUCUUUUGUCUAUUGCACAAAGUUGCAGCUCCUCAUUUAAAGUAUUGGCAGGAUCAUGCUAGUUCUCUAACUUAAACCAUAUAAAACAUGAAUACUUUUUAAUAAGCAUAAUUGAAUUUUAGGCAUCCAAAUUAAUUUAACAUUAUGCACUUAAUCCAAAAAUUCAGCCAUUAUUAACAUGCUUUUGAAAAUAAUCUUUUGACAUUGUCUUCAGAGUCUGUUGCACAUACUUCUUUGAAUAACCUUAUUGUGGAAAAUCUUCUUUAUUGGAGGGAAGAUGAGUUUAAGCUUAGGAAAUGAUGAAAAAGUUAUUUAGACCUGAAUGUGGUUUCUAGAAAGAUAAUAGUGAAUUUUGGGGGGGUAAAAACUAUAUAAUUGAAGUGUAUUGUAUGGCCCUCAAACUAACUUGAAAGCAAAGAGUGGUCCACAGAUGUUUUAAGCAAGUCUUUAGAAUAGCUAUGUUGCCACUUGGGCUGCUUUCAAAGACAACAUUCAUUUUCAUGUAUAUAAUCUGAUGGAAUUUCAGUUUUUUAAAUUAUCAGUUACAUUACUUUUAGAGACAGGCCUCAUAUAUAAAAUAUUCUACAGCUUUAGUUCAAGUAACGGUUUUAAUAUAUUCAACUGGGGUUCUGCCUGCUGCCUGUAUAAAAUACUCCCUUGCUAGUAACUGAGGUGAUUUAAGGAGAUACUAACUUUCAGUCACUAAGGAAUCAUUUUUUCAGUGCAGUAAUGAUGUCACCUUCUGCAGCUCAAAAUAGCAUGGAGUGAUAUAGGCACCAGAGUGAAUAAUGUGUUUGAUAUGUAUUUCUAAGGGAAAAAACCCAACACCUGUAGUAUAAGGCACUAAAGUAAUAAAUUUGUAUCUAAAUAGCUGAUUCAAAGGUGGGAAGUAUAGUGAAAAAUAGUUAAAUUACUUCUCUAUUCCAGAAAACUGAAAUUCUUGGCAUUGGUGAAAAUCCCUUGAUGGUAAAGCAAAUUAAGUAUAUCCCCUUCGGACAGGCUGUUCCUAGCUCUUGGAAAGGGAAAGUCACCGGAUUUGGGGUAGACAAUCAGCAAUUUAGGUCACCAAAUAAUGUCAUUUAAAUAUUUUCUAUGCUGUUUAUUAAGUUAUUGAUAUUCUUUUUUUAAACCUUACGGUGAAGCUUUUUUAGGUUUGUUUAUUCAUCUGGCUUACUUGCAAUGAAAUCUUUUUCAGGGCAUUAUUAUUUUAAUAAGUUAGUGUUCUAAGGUGUAUAAUUACUUUGCACUAAAGUAACUUUAUGGUGAGGACUUAAAAAAGAAAUUUAAUGGAAAUAUGACAAACUAGUACUUUUGCCUUCAGUUGUAGAAUUUAAACCAUCUAGACUAUUCUUAAAGAAUGUCAUGCUCCUUUCCUUCCACACUUUAAAAAAAGUGGGGUUUUGGGUUUUGAUUUUUGUUUUUUACUAUGAAAUGCCAGGAAAAGAGUCAGUUGGGCCAGCCAGAAAUGCUUUUAACCUGUUUAAAUAAUAUUACUUUGAAAUUGGAAAUGUUCGCAAUGGUAUAUGAAAAGCAAAAAAAAAAUCAAAAUUAAAAUUUAGUCUACUUUGAAGAUUCUCUUUAGUGUGGAAAAACCCUUUCAAUGACUGUAAAUAUGCUUGUUCCUUAGGGAAGGACUUUUUAAUACUCAAGACUGUAUUUACCUUUAAAUAUUGGUCACUUGAUUUUUGAAGUGUAAAUUUCAUCUCCUUCCUUCACUUUAAAAUGGGGAGGGGAUAAAUGGCCAGAGGCAUAAAUUAAUCUCUGCAUAUCAAAUUACCUGACCUCACAGGCACAAUAGUUGCCUUUCAUUUGAUGUCACCAAAUACUCUUUGGUAUUAUUGAGCUCUUGGCAAAGUUGCAUUCAUUAAUAAUUGCCUGUCAGAUUGGAAGAAAAAUAAGCUUUGAUGAUGGUGUAAGAUAUGUUAGAUUGUUUACCUGGAUGAAAACAUUUUGUGGUCCCAUUUCACAUAUGUAACGAGGUUGCUUAGUAUUAACAACGGUAUAAUUUAGUGAAACCAAUUUUAACCCUGGACAAUUUGUGAAAACUGCUUUAGUCAUGGUAGUUUUCUUCAUUAACUAUUAAGAGAUAAUCUCAAGGGCUGGAAAAAAAGUUGAUAAUGGAUACUGUACAGUUCUGUCUUAGUGGGCUUAAUUAUUAACCUUUGUAUAGCUUUGUGACUAAUUUGUAGGAAUUGGUGAGAGUAUUUUUAACCAAGAGUUACUGUAUUGAAAAUGUACAUUAAAAUAUCAGUAAUUGUUCUUUGAGCAAAGAAUAGCUGAGGCCCCAAACUGUAUGUGUAUUUACAUAGUGUAGUAGUGCUUCGGCACUCAUAGAGCUUGCAUUAUUGGCAUAUGUUGUAUUGGUUUGUAUCAUUGUAUAUUUGUAAUUAAAGUAAUAAGCAAUUCUUAGAAUGACCCCCACACUCAGGCUAAACAAUUUGAAACUGCCAGUAGAUGCAGCCACAAGAGCCAAAGUUAAUUCUCUUUCCAUUUUUGACAAGUUUGUUUCUAUUCUCUACAAGUAAGAGAAAAGCUUUCCAAGUUAGUGUAUAAAGAGAAAGCUGUACCUGUUCUAACCCCUAGAGAUGUUCCUAUGGAAUUUUGCUUAUCUAUAAUCUUGUUAUUCCAUGAAGGCAUUUAUCUUGGGGAAAAUAAAUUUUGGGAACUAAUUAUCCUUUUAAAAUAUUAAUAUUGAACAUGGUUAUUAUUCUAGAUCGAUAACUCAUUAGCAAUAUUAAUUCCACAAUUGUAUACAGUCAGCACCCUUGUGCCUUUUUGCCUGCAGUACAUACAUGUUCAUUUCCAUUUUAUAUAAGCUAUAAGAAUGUCAAUAAUUACUGCACCUUGUUUCUUCUCUAAUUAGACUUUCUUAAGCUUUUUUUUCUCCUAACAAGGAGAAAUAUUUAAUAAAUGUGGUGGUAGGUCCUAGGCAUUUGUCUCUGGAGCUGAGCUCUUGACCCCUUUGAAGUGAGCAGGAAUCUCCAUCAGAAUGUAUUAAUUUGUAUUUAUCAAUUUCAGUAUUGCAUAGGUGUGAGGAGAAGUGGGGUGCUAAGCAGUUAUAUUAAAAGCACAGCAGUGUGUAUUAUUAGAUCAGUCUCUAUGACUGGUAGUUUUAGUAAAUUGGGUUCAAUUUUUGAACCAUUCAGAAUACCUCAUGUGUAAAUACAGUUGUCAUGACUUAAUUGAAAUGCAGUCAUUGUAAAAAGGAAGUGAAGCCACUGGAUGGCUUAUGCCUUUAGGCCUGUCAUUCUUGCCUCUUUGUGUAAAGGGGUUGUUUUUUUGUUGUUGUUGUUGUUUUGGGUUUUGGGUUUUUUUGUGUGUGUGUAUGUGUUUUUUGGGGGGGUUUUAUAUUUUUAAAAAAUAGGGUUUACAGCUAGAAUUUUGAAUGCCAAAGUUCUAUUUAUUAAAUAAAAAAGAAAGUUUUCAAUGUUAAUGGCUAGUAUUUUUCCACUGGAUUAUUGUUUGUUGAUGUUUGGAUUUGUAUUUACAGAGAAAUAAAUUUUUUUACAAAA